AUGGAAAGAAAGAGACGACAGAGAAUGAUGAUUGCUCUAAUGGAGCUUGGCUUCAUUACAAUAUUAUGGCCAACCCAAAUUCUAGCAGUGGAGCCUUGUCUGUCAAUCUGUGGUGAUGUCAACGUCCAAUUUCCAUUUGGAAUUGGGAAAGGUUGUUACAUGGAUGAGAGUUUCGAGGUAACUUGCAACUACACUUUUACACCUGCAAAGCCUUUCUUAACUAGCAUCAACAUGUUGCUGGACCUAUCAACAACAGGGCAAGUUCAAGUCAGCAAUCCAGUAAUUUAUUCCGAUUGCAGCAACAAAGCCUCCAAUACGACAACAGUUUCCCUUUUGGCCAGCCCUUUCGUAUUCUCAAAUUCUUCUAGCAGGUUCACAGCCCUGGGUUGCGACAAUUAUGCUCGAUUUAUGGAGGAUGGUGGCAACAUAGUUGGAGGAUGUCUGUCUAUUUGUCCUAGUGGAGCUAAUGCAAGUGGCUGCUACGGCAUCAACUGCUGCCAGGCCACUAUACCUCCUUACGUCCAGUUCUUUGAAGCAAACAUGACAAGCCCUUUUAACAGCAUGGCCGAUCGCAGCAGCUGCAAGUCCGCUUUCAUGGUUGAUCAAAACUGGCCUAUAUCUUCAAGAAGCCAUGAUGAUCUGAACCUCAUGGAUCAUGUCCCUGCGGUGCUUGAUUGGGCAGCUGAUCAAGGAUAUUGUGAUAUAAGUCGCGAGCCAAACAUUAAUUGUACCUCUAGCUACUGCUGGAAAAAACUUCAACGAAAAUAA